AUGACAGACCCCAGUAUCGCCCGCCUCAACGCCAUUCCCUGGGUAGCCAGCCUCAUCCACGACCCAAAAUGGACCCGUGUACAGACGAUAUCGCGAGUCCUGCAGUCUUCAGGUGAAGACUCUUUCUACUCAGAGACACUUGCUACCGAUCGCACGAUGCGCUCAUGCCUGACGUUAUUACCUGCCGUCGAGGCGGACGCCAAAAUUGCCUUCAGGGAGGUUUUAUGGAUCGUUGAGCUCGGCGACGGCUUAAACGGGUAUCCGGGCACCCUUCAUGGUGGCAUGGCAGCGACAUUACUCGACGAAGUUUGCGGCAUACUCCUCCAGUCGAAUGCGGCGAAGGCCUCCGAGCGCGCGCGCACAGGCACUACGGACAGGCUUGAUGAGUAUAUGACAGCUUACCUCAAUACCACAUACAAGAAGCCGAUACCAGUGCCGGGAACGAUACUCUGCACCGCCAGGUUUGAGCGGGAAGAAGGUCGGAAGCUAUACGUUCGAGGUACCAUCGAAGACGGCUCAGGAACAAUAUACACAAUAGGGGAAGCCUUAUUCAUCAAGCUCAAGCCUAAGAUGUGA